AUGAUACUCAGCUCUAUAUUUCUUUGUAGCCUGUUUGGGAUGCUUCUCUUUUUUUACACACUUCUGCUUUUUUAUCACUUUCAUACUAAAGUGGAAAACACUCUUUGCCGAAUAAUGGGAGACCCUAAUUACCCACUAUUUUUCAAGGAUGGAGAUGUAACUAUUGGAGGAAUUUUUGCAAUCCACAGAAAGGAAACAUUACCUUCAUUUGAGUUUACACAAAAGCCUCAGCCUCUCUCAUGCUCCAGUGUGAAUCUGAGAGAUUUUCGCCUGGCUCAAACUAUGAUCUUUGCUAUUGAAGAGAUAAAUGGAAGUGAAAGUUUGCUGCCAAAUAUUUCAAUUGGCUACAUGGUUUAUGAUACUUGUGGUUCAAGACUGUCUACCAUGGCCGCAACAAUGGGACUGAUGAAUGGUCAGAAAUUUGGACCAGGUGACAGAUGCAAUGGACAGUCUCCUUUACAUGCUAUUAUUGGAGAAUCUGAAACUUCUGCCACAGUGAUAAUAUCCAGAACUACAGGACCUUUUAAGAUUCCAGUGAUAAGCCACUCAGCAUCAUGUGAAUGUCUCAGUAAUAGGAAAUAUUACCCUUCAUUCUUCAGGACUAUUUCUAGUGAUUACCACAUGAGCAGAGCACUUGCAUCCAUAGUCAAGCACUUAGACUGGUCUUGGGUUGGAGCUGUGAACAGUGACAAUGAUUAUGGAAACAAUGGAAUGGCCAUAUUUAUGAAAACAGCUCAAGAAGAAGGGAUUUGUGUGGAGUACUCUGUGAAAUUCUAUCGAACAGAGCUAGAGAAACUCAAAAAAGUGGUAGACACCAUAAAAAAAGGCUCUGCAAAAGUGAUUGUUGCAUUUGUUUCAUUCGUUGAGAUGGGUUUACUUAUUGAUGAGUUAAGUAUUCAGAAUAUUACAGGACUCCAAAUGAUCGGCGUUGAGCCAUGGAUAACUGCAAAGACUUAUUUCACUCCUAACAAUUUUCAUGCAAUGGGAGGGUCACUAGGGUUUGCAAUGAAAAAAAUUUAUAUUGAAGGUUUUGCAGAAUAUGCUAUAAAACCAUUCUGGGACACGGCUUUUCCAUGCUCAGAGAGUAAGGGUAAUUAUUCUCAAUAUGCAUUAAGUUGCAGCAGAUAUGAGGAGAUGCUUGCACUGAAAAAUUACAACGAAGAUGUGAAUGAACACAGAUAUUCAAGCAAUGUCUACAAAGCAGUUUAUGCUGUGGCUCAUUCAUUGCACAGUCUACUAAAGUGCAGAGAAAAGGGCUGUGAGAAAGGUCUAACGAUACCAACACAGCAGGUGGUUGAGGCUCUAAAAAAGAUACAUUUUGCCAUAAAGACAGGAGAUAGUGUGUGGUUUGACAGUACUGGUGGCGUAGUGGCCCUGUAUGAAGUUGUGAACUGGCAGCAGGACUCAGAUGGAUCAUUCCAGUUUAAAUCAGUGGGAUAUUAUGACGCCUCACUGCCUACUGACCAAAACUUAGACCUUAAUAUUGAAAACAUAAUCUGGGCUGGAGGACAGCUGGAAAAACCAAGGUCUGUGUGCAGUGAGAGCUGUCCUCCAGGCACUAGGAAGGCUACACAGAAAGGAAGACCUGUCUGCUGUUAUGACUGUAUUCCAUGUGCAGAAGGAGAAAUCAGUAAUGAGACAGAUUCAAUUAACUGCAAGCUGUGUCCAGAGGAAUACUGGUCUAAUACUGAGAAAAAUAACUGUGUUUUAAAGGCUGUAGAGUUUCUGUCAUUCACAGAAGUUAUGGGAAUAGUGCUAGUCUUUUUCUCACUCUUUGGAGUAGGAAUAACUGUGCUGGUGGCCAUCCUGUUUUACAGCAAGAAGGACACCCCUAUAGUAAAAGCUAACAACUCAGAGCUGAGCUUCCUGCUGCUUUUCUCAUUGACUCUGUGUUUUCUCUGUUCUCUUACUUUCAUUGGUCGACCCACUGAGUGGUCCUGUAUGUUGCGUCAUACAGCGUUUGGAAUUACUUUUGUUCUCUGUAUCUCCUGUGUUUUGGGGAAAACAAUAGUGGUAUUAAUGGCCUUCAAGGCUACUCUUCCAGGAAAUAAUGUCAUGAAAUGGUUUGGGCCUGUACAACAACGACUUAGUGUUUUUGUCUUUACACUUAUACAGGUUCUUAUUUGUGUGCUUUGGCUAACAAUAUCCCCCCCAUUUCCAUACAAAAAUAUGACAUAUUUUAAGGAAAAGAUAAUUCUUGAGUGCAGUCUGGGUUCUACUGUAGGUUUCUGGGCUGUGCUCAGUUAUAUUAGCUUGCUAGCUAUCUUGUGCUUCAUUCUGGCUUUUCUAGCUCGAACACUGCCUGAUAACUUCAAUGAAGCCAAAUUCAUCACAUUUAGCAUGCUUAUAUUCUGUGCUGUGUGGAUAACAUUUAUUCCAGCUUAUGUUAGUUCUCCUGGAAAAUUUACUGUAGCUGUGGAGAUAUUUGCCAUAUUAGCCUCAAGCUUUGGUUUACUAUUUUGCAUUUUUGCACCUAAAUGUUAUAUUAUUCUGCUUAAACCUGAACAAAAUACAAAGCAACACCUGAUGGGAAAAACUGCAUCUACAUCCUUAGCCCUCAAGCCUUACUGA